AAGACUUCCCAGAAGCAGGGGAGAGGAGGUUGCGUACUGCUCCAGACAGAAGGAUGCCGCAGCUGAGCCUGUCCUGGCUGGGACUCGGGCCGCUGGCAGCCUCCCCGUGGCUGCUCCUGCUGAUGGUCGGGGCCUCCUGGGUCCUGGCCCGCGUGCUGGCCUGGACCUACACCUUCUAUGACAACUGCUGCCGCCUCAGAUGUUUCCCGCAGCCCCCCAAACGGAACUGGUUUUGGGGUCACCUGGGCCUGAUUCGGAGCUCGGAGGAAGGUCUCCUGUACACACAGGGCCUGGCGAGCACCUAUGGGGAUGUGUGCUGCUGGUGGGUGGGGCCCUGGCAUGCAGUCAUCCGCAUCUUCCACCCCACCUGCAUUAAGCCGGUGCUCUUUGCUCCAGCUGCCAUCGCACCCAAGGACGCGGUCUUCUACAGCUUCCUGAAGCCCUGGCUGGGGGAUGGGCUCCUGCUGAGUGCUGGUGACAAGUGGAGCAGGCACCGCCGCAUGCUGACGCCCGCCUUCCACUUCAGCAUCCUGAAGCCCUACGUGAAGAUUUUCAAUGACAGUGUGAACAUCAUGCACGCCAAGUGGAAGCGCCUGGCCUUGGAGGGCAGCGCCCAUCUGGACAUGUUUGAACACAUCAGCCUCAUGACCCUGGACAGUCUGCAGAAAUGUGUCUUCAGUUUCAACAGCAAUUGCCAGGAGAAGCCUAGUGAAUAUAUCGCUGCCAUCCUGGAGCUCAGUGCCCUUGUGACAAAACGGCACCAGCAGAUCUUCCUGCACGUGGACUUCCUGUACCACCUCACCCCUGAUGGACGACGCUUCCGCAGGGCCUGUCGCCUGGUGCACGACUUCACAGAUGCCAUCAUCCAGGAGCGGCGCCGCACCCUUCCUGAUCAGGGUCUUGAUGACUUCCUCAAGGCAAAGGCUAAGGUCAAGACAUUGGACUUCAUUGAUGUGCUCCUGCUGACCAAGGAUGAAGAUGGGAAGGAACUGUCAGAUGAGGACAUCCGAGCUGAAGCUGACACUUUCAUGUUUGCAGGGCAUGACACCACAGCCAGCGGCCUCUCCUGGGUCCUGUACAACCUUGCGAAGCACCCGGAGUACCAGGAGCGCUGCCGGCAGGAGGUGCAAGAGCUCCUGAGGGACCGUGAGCCUAAGGAGAUUGAGUGGGAGGACCUGGCCCAGUUGCCCUUCCUGACCAUGUGCAUCAAGGAGAGUCUGCGGUUGCAUCCCCCUGUGACAAUCAUCUCUCGCUGCUGCACCCAGGACAUUGUGCUCCCAGAUGGCCGAGUCAUCCCCAAAGGUGUUAUCUGCCUCAUCAGUAUUUUUGGGACCCACCACAACCCAUCCGUGUGGCCAGACCCUGAGGUCUAUGAUCCCUUUCGCUUUGACCCAGAAAACAUCAAGGAGAGGGCACCUCUGGCUUUUAUUCCCUUCUCGGCGGGGCCCAGGAACUGCAUCGGGCAGACGUUCGCCAUGACCGAGAUGAAGGUGGUCCUGGCGCUCACGCUGCUGCGCUUCCGCGUCCUGCCGGACGAGGAGGAGCCGCGCAGGAAGCCGGAGCUGAUCCUGCGCGCCGAGGGCGGACUUUGGCUGCGGGUGGAGCCACUGAGCGCGGGCCCGCAGUGACCCCCCGCCUCCUGGCCUGGGAUCCACCCUGACCUCACACACCUCACACAGCUUUGCAGAUUCCCAGGAAUAAAACUGUGCUGUCACCUGUGCCCGAGCCUCACCGAGAGCCAGCAGGGGGCGCCUCGUGACUGCGGAGGAUGGCCAGGGGGCGUGGUUGGGUGGAGGCGGGGCUGGUGUCUGCGAGUCCAACACCCUGAGUGCCUCUCCAGCUGACCAGAGGGCGCCCAUGCUGAUCGAGAAUUCUUCUAGAAAUGAAUCAUGGAUUUUAAACCGUGGGCAACAGGGAGUCACGGCAGGUGUUUGAGCAGGAGAGGGACCAAGGUUAAGGACGGACUUAAGGGGCACUCUUGAGCCAGGGAGGAGAACCUGUGGUGGCAGAUUCAUUCCUCUGGGCUGCGCGUGCUUCUCAAGACAGAGAUCCCUGGCCAGCCCAGGGCACAGGCGAGGAGGGCCCGCAGCCGUCCAGGUCUCUGAGGUCCAUUUCUGUUCUUGCUAACGGCUCCACUCCUGUGUCUGCCCCUCCCAGUCGGUCUCGUUCGUGACCUCUUGCCUGCCUUCAGGAAACCACUUCUCUCUCUUUCUCUGGGAGCCCUGAUGCCACCCAGGCAGCCUGGCUAACAGAUACUGGCUGAGCCCCCACGGUGUACCAGGCGCUCUCACAAGGGUGUCAGGGGAGGGCUCAUCCCCAUCAUCCCCACCCAUCCUCUGUGAUGGGAAUGAAGUUUCCUCCUUCAUUCCCAUCACAGGCCACCCUGGCCCAUCUUGGGGUGGGCUGGGGGCAGGGCCAUCCCAUGACUCUUGAGAUUCAAAGCCAGACCAUUGGAAACAAAAAUCACCCCCAAGAUCGUGUGCUGUGGGGCAAGAUUGCUUGGGCUCAAGUCUUGGCUCUGCUGUGUGACUUGAGCUAGUCUACUCACCGCUCUGUGCAUCGGUUUCCUCAACUAUGUAAUGGAGACAACAGCAGUGCCCGCCUCAGGGUUGUUGCAAGGA